CCCCCCCCCCCCCCCCCCCCCUCGCCCAUCGUACCCUAUCGCACCCUCGCCCGUCUCCCACUCUCUCCUCCUUUGCAGUCUACUCCAACGGCGAUCCUUCCACAGCUAGCGACAGUCUCCUCUGCCCCUGCUACCGACAGACGACCACGGUCGUCUUCACCUCCCCUGUCCGCUUGGGCUCUUGAGACGGUCGUUUCCAGUCCCGCGACAAAAGGAACCCACAGCUCGCCGACUGUCUUCCUUGGUAGCCGCGUCUCCUGCUGUCACUGACACCACCAGGAUCCUCGAGCAACGUCACCAGGCAGCCACAGCAUUCCAACAACCCGUCGUUCCGAGUCCACUGCCGGUUCCGACGCUACCAGCGGAACCCAAGCCGCCAGUCACGUCCUCUGAGGGGUUCGGGAGUCUGGUUGAAAGGCGGAGCUGACAAGAAUCAUCAAUUCGAUAUCAUGUCAGGGAGGAAGGAGACUGUCUUGGAUUUGGCCAAGUUUGUGGACAAGGGGGUUCAGGUCAAGCUCACUGGUGGACGACAAGUCACUGGGACUCUGAAAGGAUAUGAUCAGCUGCUGAACCUUGUCUUGGAUGAGGCGGUAGAGUUUCUUAGAGAUCCUGAUGAUCCACUGAAGACGACUGACCAGACCAGGCGCCUUGGCCUAAUUGUCUGCAGGGGAACUGCUGUGAUGCUUGUGUCACCGACCGAUGGCACAGAUGAAAUUGCCAACCCUUUUCAACCGGAUGGUGCCUAAGUAGUGUCAUGUCUCACCUUUAUUGGCUAACUUAGUAACAGCAGAGGAUCGAGGUUUAAGCUUCUGUGUGGUGAGUCAACGUCUAGUUUGUCAUAUAGGUCAAUGCUGGAAGAUGAUGAUGCAAUGGUAUUUCCAAGGUCAGGAUGUGUGGUACUUUCUUGGCAAUGAUGGAUUUCAAAUUCUGAAAGGAUGCCAAUUUGAUUCUGUAAUUCUAAAAAAUGAACGUUUAUAGCUUAGUUUCACAUGCUGGUUGAUUGAAGCUAGUUCUUGUUUUGAGGAAAGAGUCAUCAUGCCAUGUUCGAGCAUUAUUUAAGUUUGCCAGCCACUCAAUUUUAUUUUUCUGAUGAUGAUUUGGAAUC